CCCCGGCGCCCCGGCCCGUCCCGAGGCAGCGAGCGCGCCCGCCCGGCCCGCACCAUGGCACGGCUCAGCUUGCCCGCGCUGCUCUGCACCCUGGCCGCUCUCGGCGCCGCGCAGCUGGCCGCCCCCGAGCCUAAGUCGAAAAGUUGCUCUGAAGUGCUCCGUCACUAUGUAUCCAAAGGCUUCAACCAGAACGAUGUCCCUGCCUACGAGAUCCACGGUGACCAUUUGAAGAUCUGCCCCCAGGGUUAUACCUGCUGCUCUCAAGAGAUGGAGGAGAAGUACAGCGAGCAGAGCAAAGAGGAUUUCAAGAGUGUAGUCAGCGAGCAAUGCAAUCAUUUGCAAGCCAUCUUUGCUUCCCGUUACAAAAAGUUUGAUGAAUUCUUCAAAGAACUACUUGAAAAUGCAGAGAAAUCCCUGAAUGACAUGUUUGUGAAGACAUACGGCCGCCUGUACAUGCAAAACUCGGAGCUAUUCAAAGAUCUCUUCGUGGAGUUGAAGCGCUACUAUGUGGUGGGGAAUGUGAACCUGGAAGAAAUGCUAAAUGACUUCUGGGCUCGCCUUCUGGAGCGCAUGUUCCGCCUGGUGAACUCCCAGUACCACUUCACAGAUGAGUAUCUGGAAUGUGUGAGCAAGUACACGGAGCAGCUGAAGCCCUUUGGAGAUGUCCCUCGGAAACUGAAGCUGCAGGUCACCCGGGCCUUUGUCGCAGCCCGUACUUUCGCACAAGGCUUAGCAGUAGCAAGAGAUGUCGUGAGCAAAGUCUCUGUGGUAAAUCCCACAACCCAGUGUACCCAUGCCCUGCUGAAAAUGACCUACUGCUCCCACUGCCGGGGCCUGGUGACCGUGAAGCCAUGCUACAACUACUGCUCCAACAUCAUGAGAGGCUGUUUGGCCCACCAAGGGGAUCUGGAUUUUGAGUGGAACAAUUUCAUAGAUGCCAUGCUCAUGGUGGCGGAGAGGCUAGAGGGGCCUUUCAAUAUUGAAUCGGUCAUGGAUCCCAUUGACGUGAAGAUCUCAGAUGCCAUCAUGAACAUGCAGGAGAACAGUGUGCAGGUGUCUCAGAAGGUUUUCCAGGGUUGUGGUCCCCCCAAGCCCCUUCCGGCAGGCCGGAUUUCCCGCUCCAUCUCGGAAAGCUCUUUCAGCGCUCGCUUUCGACCUUACCAUCCCGAGGAACGCCCCACCACUGCCGCGGGCACGAGCUUGGACAGACUGGUUAUUGAUGUCAAAGAGAAACUGAAACAGGCCAAGAAGUUCUGGUCCUCUCUUCCCAGCAGCGUUUGCAACGACGAGAGGAUGGCUGCGGGCAACGGCAAUGAGGAUGAUUGCUGGAACGGCAAGGGCAAAAGCAGGUACUUGUUUGCAGUCACCGGCAAUGGGUUAGUCAACCAGGGCAGUAACCCAGAGGUCCAGGUAGACACCAGCAAGCCAGAUGUACUGAUCCUUCGUCAAAUCCUGGCUCUCCGAGUCAUGACCACCAAAAUGAAGAACGCUUACAAUGGCAAUGACGUGGACUUCAUCGACAUCAGUGAUGAAAAUAGCGGAGAAGGGAGCGGAAGUGGAUGUGAGUAUCAGCAGUGCCCUUCGGAAUUUGAGUUCAAUGCAACUGACCACGCAGGCAAGGCUGCCAAUGAGAAAAAAGCAGCCGACAGUGCUGGGGCUGGUCUGGGGCUACAGCCCCACCUCCUCCCUGUCUUCUGCAUCUUUCUUCUGAUCGUGCUGAGAGAGUUGAGAUAAUUCUUCACCUUGGAGGAAAAGUGUUCAUCGUCAAAAGAGUGAAAAGGCACCGGGUUAUCACUUUUGUACCAUCCUAGUGACUGUACUUUUUAAAAUGAAUGGACAACGAGAUGCAGUUUUUACUAUGUGGCCACUGGUUUAUAAAAAAAAAAAAUAAUGCUGACUUCAUUUUUUCCAUUGAGUUCUGGGGGAGAAAAAGGGACUUGUACAUUAAGCUGGUCCCUGUUCCCUUGGCAUCCUGUUAAACGUGGCUAACGGUGUAGGUGCAGAACUGUAGUUAGUUGUGCAUUUGUGAUUUUAUCACUCUAUUUGUUUGUUGUUGGUUCCUUGCCCCCAUUUUGUUUGUGGGUUCCCCCCCCCAAUUAUGAGCUCGCCUUGUUUCUUACAAGAAAACCAGGGUCCUUUCUUGGCAUGUAACGUGUACGUAUUUCUGAAAUAUUAAAUAGCUGUACAGAA